AUGGCGCCUAAGAAUAAAACAUCGUUUACGCUUAAAACGCCCAAGGGGACCAAGGACUGGGCUGGCUCCGACGCUCUCCUCCGCGACCAGAUAUUCAGUACUAUUACCAAUGUCUUCAAGCGUCACGGCGGCAUGGCGCUCGAUACACCUGUGUUUGAGCUUCGUGAGAUCCUAGCGGGAAAAUACGGAGAGGACUCUAAGUUGAUAUACGACUUGCAGGACCAAGGUGGAGAGAUAUGUUCGCUACGAUACGAUCUGACAGUCCCAUUUGCGCGAUGGCUGGCGAUGAACACAGAUGUGCGUAGUAUAAAGCGAUACCACCUGGCCAAGGUGUAUAGGCGGGAUCAGCCAGCAAUGACAAAGGGGAGGAUGAGAGAGUUCUAUCAGUGUGACUUCGAUAUCGCUGGUGCGCAAUUUGACCCUAUGGUCCCAGAUUCAGAGGUCAUGAAGAUCGUCACAGAAGUAUUUGAGGACCUGGGCUGGAAGGGGAAUUACACCAUUAAGAUUAAUCACAGGAAGAUAUUGGAUGGGUUAUUUGAGGUAUGCGGUGUACCACAAGAGAAGAUACGGACUAUCUCUAGUGCAGUUGACAAGCUGGAUAAAUUGCCGUGGGAGGACGUCAGGAAGGAGAUGGUUGAUGAGAAGGGCCUUGAUGGCGCGGUAGCAGACAAUAUCCAAACCUACGUCGUUCGAAAAGGGGGACGGGAUCUCCUUGAAUAUCUGCUGGCGGAUGAGAAGCUCACCGCGAAUGCUUCUGCCAAAGCAGGCUUGGACGACAUGUCUCUGCUACUGGACUAUCUAGAUGCCUUUGGCAUUCUGGACAAGAUCUCUUUUGAUAUGAGCCUUGCUCGUGGUCUAGAUUAUUACACCGGCGUUAUCUACGAAGUCGUCACAGAAGGCUCAGCGCCCGCCACUGCUACUUCUGCCCCCGAGGCACAAGCCCUACAACGCUCAGCGAAAAAGGACAAAAAGAUAGAUGCUGAUGAGGACAGGUCUAACGACCCUUCUGUUGGCGUUGGAAGUGUUGCUGCAGGUGGCCGUUAUGAUGACCUAGUAGGUAUGUUUUCUCCAAAGGCCCAGAUACCCUGCGUUGGGAUAUCGUUUGGAGUGGACCGAAUAUUUUCCAUCACCAAGGCUCGUUUGGAACGUGAGAACAAGAAAAACACUCUACGAAGCAGCGAAGUGGACGUUUUUGUCAUGGCAUUCGGUGGCAAAGGAUUUACAGGCCUAUUAAAGGAGCGAAUGCAAAUCUGCAGGUCGCUGUGGGAGGCCGGAAUCAAGGCCGAGUUUUCAUAUAAAGUGAAGCCCAAACUCCCCGCUCAGUUCAAGGCCGCUGAAAGCAAUAAUGUUCCUUUCGCCGUCAUCCUAGGCGAAGAUGAGCUAGCUGCUGGACAAGUACGCGUUAAGGAGAUGGGCCUUCCAGAUGGCCACCCUGAGAAGGAAGGUAUACUAGUCGAUAUUACUUCUCUCGUUGCAGAAAUUAAAAAGGGGCUGGAGAGGAAAACGAAAGAGGAGAAUGCGCCGGUAGACGAAGCAGCGGAUAUAGCGCAGAAAGUGAAGGAUCUUUUGUAA